AUGAGCUUCCCGCGGCCCCUGCGCCGCUCCGUGAGCCUCAGCCCGGCCCGCACCCUGCGCCUCGUCGUGCUGGGACAGAGCGCCGUGGGCAAGACAGCGCUGACUGUCCGAUUCAUCACUAGGAGAUUCAUUGGAGACUACGACCCAACCCUAGAAAUGAUCUACAGGCACGUGGCUGUCAUCGAUGGGGAGAUGGUGCACUUCGAGAUCCUCGACACAGCUGGACAGGAGGAGGACUCGCUGCAGAUCGAGGAGAAGAUCAAGUGGGGCGACGGCUUUGCCGUGGUGUACUCGGUGACCGACCGCUGCAGCUUCGACGAGGUGAUGCGGCUGUGCUUCCUCAUCAACCACCUGCACGCCAGCCCCAAGCGCAGCGGAGCCGCCGAGCAGCCUCCCGUCGUCAUCGUGGGCAACAAGAAGGACCUGCAGUUCGACAGGAUGGUGUCCACCGAGGACGGGGAGAACCUCUCCAAAGCCCUCAAGAUUCCCUUCUAUGAGAUCUCCACGCGGGAUAGCUACGAGGAGCCGGUGGCCGUGUUCAGCAGCCUCUACCAGGAGCUGCUCCGGCAGGGGCACUUCUCCCCGGGUUCCUUCAAGAGGAGGACAGUGUCCAAGCUCAUGGAGAAGAUUCCCAAGAUGCAAGCCAGCUCCACCCUGAACUCUGCGGGCCGAAGCCUCAGCUUUAACUCCUUCAGGGACUACAUUCCCGAGUGA